GUUUCUAUUGCAAUUGAGCUGUGAAAAAGGCACGCUGUCAUUGAUGAUUUCAAAGCGGCGUCGUGAAGUUAGCAGUUGCGCGCUUCAUUUUCCGUGCACGCAAAUAAAUUAUUCAACUUAAUGUCGAUUUAGUGGAGAACGCUCUCACGCGAUAGCGUCUACGCCGCUUGCUAGUGCUAAUCAUAUCAUAUCAGUAUGAGUAAGAAAAAAGUGCGAUAACAACGAAGAAAAUUGUACAAAGAGCAGGGCCUCACAUAUAAAAGGUUGUGUAAAUAAGGGCGCUCUACAUACGUAGUAGCAACAACAAUGUUGGCAAAAAUACCACAAAGAAUGUAUUGUAUACACUUUUAGGUAAUGAUAACCACAAUAAGCGACACAUACUAUUUACUGCCGCUAUCACAGCCGCUGACGCAACAACGGCGCUCAGCGAACGUCUUGCAUACAUUCGUAAUCAUCACUAUACACACUUCAACAGCCACGCCAUCGCCUGCUCUUACUUGAAGCCGCGUGAGCAAUCAAAAUCAUAGCAGCGCAUUUGCAAUCGCGACGUGCGCCUGAACAGCGCUGAGCGGCGGGCAAGCAAAUACCGCCUUGCGCUCGCCGCGUUCAGUACACUUCUGACGCGCGUUUUUUGCGGCCGUCGUCACAACGCACAGCUACCUCAAUUUUUAUUUAUUAUAAACUACUUUAAUGUAUCAUUUUGCGAAAGUAGCGCUUAUCGCAACAGCGGCCAAGUGACGAGACCACUUAUCUAUCUAGCGUGGUGUAGUAAGACGUAGACAAGGCGACAAUUAAUCCUAGCAUGCGCCCGGUUGCCACAACGGUCGCACAUACUAGCGCAAGCAUAUGCCGACAGUAGCAAGAAGAAAGAGAAAAAAAAAACGAGAAUAAUAUAUGGAAAACACAAGUGAAUAAUCGCUUCAAGGUAAUGUGUAAGCUACAGCUGUCAGUGCGGAUCGCUAAUCGGUGAUCGCUUGGAUUGUGGCAGUGAUCGCGCGUACGUGCCACGCCAAGCCGACGAGCUCUUGAGGCAAUUUUAAGACUAAAGCGCCUUGUCUCCUCUGAAUUUUAAUUCAACAAAUAAAAAGUGAAAUAACUAAUUCAGAAUUCAAGAAUGACUAAAUGCUAGUCAAAAGAAAAAGAGAAUAUAAAAUGGUGCAAGAAAUUCAAAAAAAUACAUAAUAAUGGAGUUUUUAGUGAAAUCAGCUAAUUCAUGCUGUUAUUCUAGUGAAAUUAGCGCGCCUAAUCUAACUACUAACAAGUGCCAAACAAACAUUUAAUCCAUGUCUGUGUGUGUUUAAGCAAUGACGUAUUUGAAAAGAAACUGCUUCUAGCAGGUGUUACUUGCAAAACCGCAAAAAUACUAUAUACGUCCGUAAUACUAAUGGAUACUGCUGAAUUCAGUACAACAACAAUUACAAAGCUAUAUUAGUUUAUACUCUCUACUAUAAAUCUCGGAUGCUAUUUAUCAACGGCAUUGCGAUUAUUCAUACACACCUACGUGCAUACGUUCGGAAAUUUUUUUAUAUGAGUGAAUCGAAAGCUCCACAUACUGAUGUACAUUAGCACACCACACUGCCCGUUUACAUUAAUAAUUCUGAGACUCAAGGAAUCUAUAUUCGAUACGAAAAUAAAGACUUUUUAUAUGUUAUCGCCCAAAAGAUAAGAAAACUAACGAAUAUGUGCUACCAUUAAGAAAUAUAAGAUAUGACAAGUGAUAAAAGAGUGCUAUAAAUGGUUGUGCAAUAUAUACGUAAGAAAAAUUUAAAUACUCAUAAAGUAUAUAAAAAGUAGUGCAAAACACGAAAAAAUACUGAAAAUACUAAUAGUAUUUGCUUAGAGGGGCGGGUGCUCGCUCCAUGUGCGCCUUUUGUGUUCUUAUGAAAACGUCUCAGUUUUGGCGCAGUCCUAAAGCCAAAGUGUCAACACUGAGCGUAAAUAUUAGUUUCGUAACAAAAUAGAAUUUGCCGUAAAAUACUACAAUAUCAGUGAUAACAACAGCGAGCGCUAACAACAAAAACAACAACAACGACGAAAUAACAACAGAAAAACAGCAAAAAUAUUUAAUUAACAGCCGGCGCUGACUCGUAUACAACAACAAAAGCAACAAUGGUUAAAGACAGACUGCCAGAGCUGCUACAGCGCUCCAGCAGCGUGUUGUCCACCGUCUCCGGCACGAAUGGUUCGGCACUAUUUCAGCGCUCCAGCAACGUCGAGCUCAAAUUUGCAGAGAUGAGUGCACCCAUGGACGCGAUACUCAAUCCGUAUUCGGAGAUACGAGUACAGUUGGCACAAAUCUCCGCAAAUUUAGAGACAAUGAGUCGAAUGGUGCAAACAAUAAAUAUUCGUAAUUUCAAUGAAAAGGAAAUGGAUGAACUACGCACGCAGAAUUUAAAAAUGGGUAAUCAGCUGAUGAACAAAUUCAAAGAAUUCAAAGCGAAUAUGCCGCCUGAGAAUGAUUUCACGCUGGAGGCGCGCAUGAAACGUACGCUUUUCUAUGGUCUCUAUCAGAGUUACAUACAAAUAUGGACGAGAAACGAAGAGUUCCUGCAAUUAUACGAACGCAAGCUAAAGAAAAAUCUGGAAAUGCAUUCCAAAAUCAUGAACUGCAAUUCCACUGAAGAAGAAAUUGAAGAACUGAUAGCAAAUAAGACGACGAACCUUUUUGUUGGCAAUAUUCUAGAAGAAACCGAAAAUGAACGACGAACACUUCGUGACUUAAUGGAUCGUUUCAAUGAGCUUAAGAAGCUGGAAAAAUCCAUUGAAGAUGUGCACGCCUUAUUCCUGCGUAUACAAACACUAGUAAUGGAACAGAGUGAAACGAUAAAUCGGGUUGAAUUUGUUGCGCAACAAGCAACGCACUUUGUGGAUAAAGGUCAGCAUAAAUUGGAAAAAGCAGAAUCGCUGAAAAAGAAAGCUUUAAAGAAGAAGUUCUGGCUUAUCGGCAUCGCAUUGGCUGUGUUAAUUGUAUUAGUAUUAAUUGGUAUAUAUUUAUGAUCUAAAGGCAAAUAUAUUUAUAUUCAAUUCAAAACGCA